AUGAAGCGUACGCAUCGCCCAUGCACUGUGAGCCUCGUCACGUCCCUGGAACUGUAGGCCGGAAACAUACGCGCCACAUUUAUGAGGAGCCUCUCUCACGUAGCCAUCCACGGAUCAUGGACCAUCCUCCUCCAGCGCCCCUCCAAUGGAGCUAGCACGCUCCACGUACGGCAGAUCUAGAUGCUACGCCGGCCUUGACGCACAUUCCGCGUCCAUCCGUCCGUCCGUCCGUCCCAUGCACACGCGCAGUUUCCACUUGCGCAUACAUACAUACGUACACCAUCGCGCGCUUCCGAUCCUCACUCGCUCAUCAGUCUCCCGGCCGCGGCCAGCCUCCCCAUCCCGCUAUAUAACUCCCAGCCCCACGCACCACUCAUCACUCACCUCGCAACGCACCAGCGCCAAGUACAUCCAUUGGCCACCCACCCACCCACACACGACCCUCCACCCCCACUCCACUCCACUCCAAGAGUAGCUAGCUAGCUAGCAAGAGAGUCCCAGCGGGUGACCAGCUGCCACUGCUGCUCUCCUAAAGGCACUCAGGCGAGCUAGUCGAUCUGCCCACGGCGACCUGCCGGCGCGCGGGGAGGGGGAGGGGGAGCUGGCCGGCCAGUGGGGGCGCGUGAGGACAAUGCAUGGCAUGUGUUAACAUGUACAACCCGGAGCACCACCAGUCGUCGUCCUUCAUGGCGCCGCGGAUGUCCUUCUCCAGCGACUUCGCGCUGGAGCCGCCGCCCGCGUCGGCGCUGUCGGCGCGCGGGCCCGGGGACGCCGACUUCGAGUUCUCCGUCGGCAGCCGCCCCAUGAUGGCCGCCGACGAGCUAUUCUCCAAGGGCCGCCUCCUGCCGCUCCGGGAGGCCCCGCACGGCCAGGCCGGCCGGCCCACGACGCUGCGCGAGGAGCUGCGCGCCGACGACCGCCACGGGCGCGCGCCCCGCGCCCCCAACAUCCGGUGGAAGGAGCUGCUCGGCUUCAAGAAGGCGAACAAGAAGGCCGCCGCCGCCGCAGCCGCCGAUGCUGGCGCCGGCACGUCGUCGGCCGAGGCCCACACGGAUCUUGGAGGUCACGGAGGCACGAGAGAGUGAAGCAGCGAGCGCUCGUUCACCAAGCGAGACGGGGGCAUGGUUAGGCAACUAGUUUGUGCGAUUGGGUGGUGAUUUGCCUCUCAGCUAGCUUGACGUCCAUCAUCUACCCGGUGAAGACGGAUCUGCGAGUAACCCAACAUCCAUCAGCGCUUCAUUGGAGAAGCAGCAAGCAAACUGAAGCUGUAGCUAGCUCUGGAGGCCAUGCAUGCAUCAAUGUGCAUUUCAUUUUACUGCCUGCUGCUUGUUACCCUUUUUUGUUGUUAUUAUUAUUAUUUCGGUGUAGUAAAAGGGAAUUUUUGCUCCUGCUUUAGCUCUUGGGUCUGGUCGUCGGCGGGUGGUUCCAUUGCAUCGCAUGUAGAUGUAGUAGUAGUGGUGGUCAAAGUAACUCCUCUCUCUAGUCUCUAGUCUAGCUGUAGUGGCUCUGAAUGUUUUGUAUCGGAGGAAGGGGCCAGUUAAAUGCACUAGCAGUAUUUAUUUUUUCUCA